CCAAUGUCCGCCAGCCGGAGCGCGACGCUCGGGAUAAACACAGAGUGGUGCUCGUAGCCAGAGGAGCGCGCAGGGACGGUGCUUCUCGUCCCAUUGUCUGAGACGCACCGACGCACGACCGGGCUCGUUUACCGCUGCGUGGUGAGCCAAGAUGGGGAAGGAUCCAAAGAAGCCGAGGGGGAAAAUGUCCUCGUAUGCCUACUUUGUGCAGACGUGCCGGGAGGAGCAUAAAAAGAAACAUCCCGACGCCUCUGUCAACUUUGCAGAGUUCUCCAAGAAAUGCUCUGAGCGAUGGAAGACAAUGUCACCGAAAGAGAAGGGGAAGUUCGAGGACAUGGCCAAACAAGACAAGGUGCGCUACGAGAGGGAGAUGAAGAAUUAUAUUCCUCCCAAGGGCCAAAAGAAGAAGCGAUUCAAGGACCCCAAUGCCCCCAAGAGGCCACCGUCGGCGUUCUUCCUGUUCUGCGCUGACUUUCGCCCCAAGAUCAAAGGGGAGAACCCUGGCCUCACUAUCGGGGACACGGCGAAGAAGCUGGGAGAGCUGUGGAACAGCUCCUCUGCAGAGGAGAAGCAGCCGUAUGAGAAGAAGGCGGCCAAGUUGAAGGAGAAAUAUGACAAGGAUAUUGUUGCUUACCGCACAAAGGGCAAAGUGGAUUCAGGAUCCGCUGCAGCAGCGGAUGAUGACGACGACGAGGAGGAGGAAGAGGAGGAGGAGGAAGAUGACGACGAGGAUGAUGAGUAGAUUGUGUGUGUGUCGGGACCCGAAGUUCUGUUUAUGCCAUAUAACCCUAAUGUACUCAAUUCACCAUCUGCAACAGAAAACAGCUUGAACAAGAACAUGUGUAUAUUUAAUGUUUUUAAGAUGUACAGUGUUAUGCUUCAUUUUUUGUAAAGUUAACACUACAUGUCUUAAGUUUGAGAUUUUCUAGUGGUAGCUCUUUAUCCUUGCCAUACUAUGUAACAAUUUAGGGGGACUACAGAUCGGUAUGGAAAUGACUAGUCUAGGUGUUACAACUUACAACCUAAAUGAGAUUUCUGAGUUGGUAGUGUAAUUAUUCCUUAUUUUGAGAAAUAUUUUUUUACGUCUUGUCCUAAUGUCUUUUUAUUGUUCUUUGAAUACCACUCUAAUAUCAAAUGCAGCUGUUGACAUUUAAGAAUAUGUUCAAUAAAGGUUGUUUUUUUUUC